GACGUCCCAAGAUCUGCCGAUGUCAUUUCCUCCGCCCACAGUGGCCGCCGCCGGCUAUGGCGGCGCUGGGAGCCUCGCGCAUGGCAUGAGCUCCAUUUUUACCACCGUCCAAUACUGGCUCGUGAACCACCCCAAGAUCAUCAACUUCUCUUGGAAACAAGAACACACCUUUGGCUCCUCCCAUCUCUUCCUUGCCCUCACCGUCCUCUCCUACCUCGCCUUCACUUCGCUCCUCAACUACGCCCAGCUCUCAGUCAAGCCGCAGCUCCUCCGAGCCAUCACAGCCGUCCACAACCUCGUCCUCUUAACCCUGUCCCUCACCAUGGCCGUCGGAUGCGUCCUCUCCAGCAUCUCCCACGCUCCGAGCCUCCACUGGAUCACGUGCUUCCCCAAGAACACGCCACCCUCCGGCCCGAUCUUCUUCUGGGCCUACGUCUUCUAUUUAUCCAAGAUUCUCGAGUUCGUGGACACCCUCUUGAUCAUACUCAGCGGGUCCACCAGGCGGCUCUCGUUCCUCCACGUGUACCACCAUGCGACGGUGGUGAUCAUGUGCUACGUGUGGUUGAACACUUCGCAGUCUUUCUUUCCCGUGGGUCUGACCGUCAACUCCUCGGUGCACGUGUUGAUGUACGCCUACUAUUUCUUGUGCUCGGUGGUGCGUCCAAAGUGGAAGAAGCUCGUGACCAACUGUCAGAUUGUGCAGUUCUGGUUCAGUUUCUUGGCUUUCGGUUUGGUGCUGUGUUGCCAUUUCACCGGGCCAGGCUGCUCUGGGAUUCUGGGUUGGUGUUUCAACAUCAUGUUCUGCGCUUCGCUUUUGGUUCUCUUCAUUGACUUCUACACCAAGAACUACGUCAAAUUGAAGGCAAAAGGUGCUUAAUCAGAAGCACGUGAGGGGAUACAUAGAGAACUUCAUAAGGACUUUCCAAUUCUCUCUGUUUUUCUGUGCUUUCUCUCUCUUAUUCAUGGUUCUGAAAGUUUCGGCUCAAGAAAAUAAAAGGUACCAACAAAGAUUGUUCCAGUAUCAGCAUGUAAACGUGAAGACAUGAAGGUUAGGGCAUGCAGUUUGAUUCCACAUUUCCUAGAGUCGCGUGGCUAGCAGAUACAU